AUGCAGCAUAGUGUUCACCUAUAUCCACUCGACUGUGCUUGUGCAUCCAGCUCCGGGUGUUAUAUAUACUGCCCCUUCUCACCUGACACAGCCACAGCCCAUGCACAUCCAACUUUGACAGCAUCACUCUUCUUCUACCUUCUCUCCUGUUGUCUGAGCAUGACAAGCCCCAGGCUGAAGCUCUUCGGCUUCCACUUCUCCUCCUCGGAGGAGGAUCACCACCAGCAGCAAGAGAUCAUGGACAUGACGGAGCCCGAGGCCGGCGAGACGGAGAAGGGCGGGUCGGACUCGUCCUCCUCGUCUACCACUACCACUACGACUGCCAACGCGGCGGCGGGCGGCGGUGCUGCAGGCGGCGAAGCGGGGCGGAGGUACGAGUGCCAGUACUGCUGCCGCGAGUUCGCCAACUCACAGGCGCUGGGCGGCCACCAGAACGCGCACAAGAAGGAGCGGCAGCAACUCAAGCGCGCGCAGCUGCAGGCCGCCGCGGCAGCAGCCGGACGCGCUGCAGGAGGAGGUGCGCUGUACCCUCGCGGCGCCGGCGGGAUGAACCCGAUGGUGUCUGCCUUCGUGCAGCCGCAGCACCUCCUUGGCAGCGGCACCGGUGGCGACGGAGGGCCCACCAGCUGGGUCUACUUCUCCCCGCGUGCCGCCGCGGUGGCCGGUGGUGCCCAGGGCCAGCAGUUCCACGUCUCUCACGGCUGCGUCUUCCCGUCUGGCCGCGCCACCCCGGCCUCCGCGUCUCCGGCCGUGUUCUCCUACUCCCCGUCCGCCUCCUCCGCCCAGGCCGCGGCGGGUGCCCCCUACGUCGUGCCGGAAGUCGUCGACCACCACGGCCGGAGGCUCGUCCACGCCGCUAGCUUCCCGAGAUACCCCGGCAUGGUGAUGGCGCCAGAGCCCAUGGCCGCCGCGCCCGAGGACGCGCUGGGGCUCGACCUGCAGCUCAGCUUGUGACUCGAUCCGGCCGUCUCGGACGUGCGAUCGAGCUACCUACGUGCUGUUACUUCGGUAACAAAGAAAAUUAAUCACCCACUGCUACUAGUACCCACGUACUCCUUCGUGCUAAGCUCGAUCGACCCCUCGCUAGGAGGCAAUUAAGUAAUUAGCUAGCGCUAGUAAGUAAAGUAUUCUUAGCUUAAUUU